AUGACGGGCAUGCCGGAUUGUGGUGGGCGGGUUGGAAGUUUGAUGCUCGUCGCCGCUUCUGUCUGUCUUUUCCAGGUCGUCUCUGUGUCUGUCCUGCUCCCUCUCUGUUGCUCGCCUGACCUUCCUCUUCUCAUUCCUCGUCUGUGCGCGCUGUCAAAGGUGUCCAGUAUGAUCGCCAUGCAGGGGAAGGCCAUGCGCAAUGCCAAGCAAAGCAUUCUGGCAGAAACGCAGCGCACCAGCACGAAACGAGGAGAGAGAAAAGACGAAAAUAGGCUUUAA